UGUUCGCACUUGUCGCCGUGGUUCAAAUCGCAACGUUAGCCGUAUCGUAAGCAAAUAUCGGAACUUUACGAAAUAAUAGCAAAUCGUUAAUCGAAUACGCGCAAAAAUGUCACAAAAUUUGAUAACCGCGUCCGCCCCCGUUGAGAUGAGGAUGCAGAUGAGAAUGCGUCGGGGAGAUGGCAGUGGACAAUGGCUGAUGAGAGCCAUGUUGAUGGCCUUGUGGGUUUUUGCUGGCUCGGAUUUGCUGCCAAUGGCUGCAGCCGGCUCGUGCCGCGAGGCACAGCUCUGUUGUAAUGGACGCGACUCGUCCUGCGUGGUGCAGAAGGCGCCCGUCAACGCCAUCAUCGAGGAUCUGAGCGAUAAGCCGUGCUACUGCGAUCACGCUUGCCUCAAGCUCGGCGACUGCUGUGAUGACUUCAAGGAUCACUGUGGAGUGCUGGACUGCCAGGUGGGCGAAUGGGGCGCGUGGAGCGAGUGCGACAAGAGUUGUGGCACGGGAAUGAUGACGCGCACACGCCAAAUUCUGCAAGCGGCCCAAAACGGUGGCAAGCACUGCCCCUCGAUGUUGCAGAAGCGCGGCUGCCAGGGAUAUCGCUGUCACGGCCAUCGCGAUAAGAAGAUUCUGCGAGAAAUGGCUCUACUGCUGCCCGCCGCCCUCUCCCGCCAUCGCCGUGUCAACGAUAGCGAUAGCAAAGGCGACAGUCGACAUAAUCUGCGCACGCGCUACCGAGACUCCUUCAAGCACAUUCGAGAUCAUGAAUACUGCGUCGAAUUCGAGGUAAUCAAGGCAUCCAGCUGCCACAAGCUGCCACCCUACAAUCUCAUGCAAGAAGGCGAUCGCAUAACUGUGCGCUGUGACCUUGAGGCGCUCGUGCAGGACAAGGAGGCGAGCGCAAGUGCAACAGGCAGCAACAAGUUGCAGGGUGGCCGAGCAACGACUGCUCCAACAACCACAACAACAACAACAACAACGCGCAAGUAUUUGACUGCAGAGGAGGGAGGAGGAGGUGACGAGAGCAGCAACAAUGAUGAUGAGGAGAACGAACAAGAGCCAGAACAGGAGCCCGAGCACGAGGAGGAGGAGGAGGAGGAGGAAACCAAUGAGGAUGAUGCACAAAACAUGCUCGAGCCCGAAACCGAUGCGGAAGCGGAAACGGAAACGGGCAGCAACGAAAACAACUACGAAUACAAGCGCCAACGGCAAUCGCAAUCGCAGUCGCAUCGUCAACGGUCAGCGACGUCGAAGCGCAGCACCAACAAAUCAGCGCCAUUAUCGCCGCUGGCAUUGCAACAGCAGCAACAGCAGCAGCAGCAACAGUUGCUGCUCAGCCAUCAUUGCCGGGGCGAGGGGCUGUCGGGUCGCACGACGCGCUGGAGUGCGCUGCCGGCGCCGUCGUGUCGUGGCAAGUGGCUACGCCUGACCAUCGGGCCGCCAAAGAAGUGCAACCACGCCCAGUUCAUAUUCGUCUAAGCCACACUAAGCAACUAAGCGACAACAACACCAACAACAACAGUUGCAACUCUUCCUGUUGUCA